AUGGAGGCUGAGAGAGAUGCGGCUGGUGCAGCAAGACCUACAGGGUCACAAGAGAGUCGGGACCUUGCUGAGUUCCAGAAAUGCCAUCCUCCACAAUUCACGGGAGAUGCAGGUCCAGAGGCAGCUGACCGCUGGAUGUGUGAGUUGGAGAAGAUCUUUGCUGUUCUGGGAUGUUCUCCAGAGAAGCGACUGACAUAUGCUGUAUAUAUGCUUGUGGGAGAGGCUAAACAUUGGUGGAGAGACACCUAUCAGAUGCUUGCUGCUAGAGGAGUCACAGUUGAUUGGGAGUGUUUUAGGACAGUGUUCAUGGAGAAGUACUUCCCUGAGAGCGUGAGGCACGCUAAGGAGGCCGAGUUUAUGAGAUUACACCAGGGAGGGAUGAUAGUUUCCGAGUAUGCGAUAAAAUUCGAGCACUUGGCUCGUUUUUAUUCGCAGGGUAUAGCUGAGGCCUGGAAGUGCAGAAAUUUUGCUGAUGGGUUGAGAUAUGAGCUGAAGAGGGUGGUGGUGCCUAUGGCCAUCACUGAGUUCCCGGCCUUAGUAGAGAAGGCAAAAGUUGUAGAACAGUUGGAGAGUGGUAACCGUGUCGCGAGGAUUGCUGGGGGACCAUCUAGGUCCAAGAGGGGCGAGAGUCAGAGGAAGUCGUAUGAUAGGCCCCAAUCACAGCAAGGGGGUCCUGUCAGUAGGCAAUCUUCCAGUAUUGCUAGUGGAGGUAGACAGAGUGGAGGUGCCACUCUUAGAUAUUUCAGGUAUGCUGGGCCUCACUUUGUCAGGGACUGUCCGUACACGGAAAGUCGUUGCUUCAGAUGUCAUCAGAUGGGCCAUGAGUCAGCCAACUGCCCUGCUAGAAGCAUACCAGAUAGGAGUACUCAGAGGAGUGAUGUGCAGAGGGUUGAUACUCAGAGGAGUAGCGCGCAGAGAGCUGAUACUCAGAGGGGUGACAGACCCAUUACUGCUGGUAGGGUAUUUGCCUUGACAGAUUGUGCCAAUAGGAGGUUGAUUUUCCCUCAGGAGGAGAAUGAGUUGUUGAUCUCAACUGGCCAGGUUGAGUCUUUGCUGAGAGAUGGAGCAAAGUGUUGUCUUCUGCUUGCUGUUAUGAGUGUGGAGACCAAGAGGGUCUUAGCUGAUAUUAAGGUGGUAAGAGACUUUGCUGAGGUAUUUCCUGAUGAGGUGCCAGGGUUGCCUCCUGUUAGGGAACUGGAGUUCAACAUUGACUUGGUUCCAGGACCCGGGAAGAACACGGUGAGCACUUGA